UAGCCGUUGGACUGUACCCGAUUUCCUCCCCUCCCCUUCCCUUCCCUUCGGAUGAAAGCAAAGCAAAGCAGAGAGACAUUCCAUUCCAAUCUGCUGGGCGGUGGAUUGCAAGCAACAGAAGAGGAGAAGAGAAGAAGCUCUCUCAGUCACUCCUCUCUGUACAAAAUUAAAAAAGAAAAAAACAUGGGACACUUUUCUUUUCUGUCAGAUGGCGGCGGCGGCAGUAGCAGUGGCGAUGAGGCUGCUGCAGUGGAAGAGGUACUCAAUCAGGCCAUGGACCACUCUGUUCUCCAACAGGUUGCCGCCAUUAACUGCGCUUCCUUCUCUUCCGACUCCGUUCUUCCCUCUCACCUCGAGACUCGCUUUCGCCGCCUCAAGUCCUUGCCGGCGACCAACCCUCCCAAUCUUCACGCCCACCGUUCUUCUUCCUCCUCAAGCUUCAAUUCCCACGUUCCCCAAUUCGAUCGCUCUGCCUCUGUUGGAGCCAAACCCAAACCCCAUCCAGAGCAACCCCCAAACCAAGGAAAGGGUUCGAAGCCAAAAUCCGGAUCUGGGUCAUCUCCUUCCAACUCGUCAAAUUCAUCUGUCGGAGACGGAGAUGCUGCUGAAAUCUCCGACCGGAAAAGGGAUUCCGCAUCGAAGUCACGAUCUCGCUCGUUCCUCUCGUCUCCUUCGAAUUUGGAGUCUGAAUCGCCGUCGCCGUCGCCGCCCAAGAAAAGCGGCUGUUUCUGGUGUUCUCCCAAAAGGGUUUCCAGGAAAAAGAGCAAGGAAAAUAACCAGAUGAUGAUGAUGAUGAAGAAGAGCGUCGGCGUUGAUUGGGAUAGUAGACACCACGAGGAGGAGUUGCUGUCGUCGGAUUUGGGUAUUUUCUCGGCGAAAGAACAGCAGAAAAUACUGAAGAAGGCAAUGAAAGAGGAAGAGAAGAUCAAUCGCGAAGCAGAGAAGAUUGUCAAGUGGGCAAAGCAAGCGUCUGCAAGGAUGAAUGUUUGUGAGAUAGAAGACGAACUCGUGGGUGACGGCCUUGAGAGUCCUCCUAGAUGAUGACGAACUUUUACAUUACAUGGUUGGCUUUGGCUUGCUUGGCUUUGGCUGGGCACAAAAUAUAAUAUGUAUUAAUAACGUUUAAAUGUCUUAAUUAAUUAAAAAUGUCUGGUGGAUAUGUAAUACACUCGUUGAGCACAAAAUAUACAAGUUACUUGCUGUACGGCUUGAAUUAAAGUUGCCUACUGUCUUAUUGGUUGUCAAAUGUAAUUAAAUCAUAAUCAAAUAAU